AUGAGUAAUUAAUCUCCAGAACCAGAAAAUCAAUCAGAUGAAAUAUCUAGGCUCAAACUAAGUUUGAUGUUAAAGGAUAAUGAAAUAAGAGCACUGAAAUUAAAGGUUAAUCCAAGUGACGAGAUUGAAAGACUUCAGCAGGAGGCUGAAAAUAUGAAGGAGGCUUAUGAGUCUGAAAUCAAUCUACUGAAGGAAGAAAAUUAUGAAUAUUCAGAACUUUUGAAAGAAACUCAAGACUAAGCUGAAUAUCUUAAAUCAGUUGUAAUAGGUAAAGAUAAAGAGAUAGCUGAACUGAAAUCUUAAAAUGCUAAUGAUGAAAUUGUAAAAUCGAGAUCCAGAAACGGAGAAUUGUAACUGGCAUUAGCAGAAAAUGCUAAUUUAAAAAACGAAUUGUAAAUAUUGUAAACUAAAUUGGAUGAUGCGUAUCUUAGUAAAUAAGUUAUGGAUGAACAACUAUAAAGUUUAGGAUAAAUGUUGGAAAUAGAACAAAGAAAUACUUUAAAUUAAGCUAAUUAAAUUAGUACUUUAUAGAAGGAGGCUUAAUAUAUGAGAAAUUCUGUUAAUGAUAGAGAAAGAUUUAUAGUAGGAAAAGAAAAGAUUAUCAAAUUAAAAGAUGGAGAAAUUAAUAGAUAAUAAGAAAUUAUUAAUGAUACCCUUGCUAAAUUGGCAGAAAUGUAGCACGAUAACUAAGUUAUUGUUACAUAGAAUGACCAAUAUUAUAAACUACUUUAAGAGAAGUAAGCAGAAAUAGAUUCUCUAAAAGAUCAAUUAUAAUUCUUUGCUGAAGAUUUAUAAAGAGUAUAAAACUAUGAAGGCCAAUAUAAUGAUGCCCAAGCUAAGAUUAAACAAUUAGCUUCAUAUAUAUAAGAGUUAGAAAAACAACUGUAGGACUAAAUGAAUUAAUAUGAAAAAUAAAUUAAAGAAUUAUUAGAUAAUGCUAAAGCAACAGAGAACGAAAAAGAUCACAAUAUUGAUUAAUUAGAAAAUGACAAUUCUAAUAAAGCAAAUUAACUGGAAGCAUAGACUAAAUAAAUAUAAUAAUUACAAAAAGAGCUUAAAGAUGCUGAUAAUAAAAGAGAUAGAGAAGUAAAAGAUGUCUAAAGAAAAUUAGAUGCAGAACUUAAAAAGACUGCUACUUUGGAUAAGAAUAAUAAGACAUUAAAAGAUAAGACUGAUGAAUAAGCUAAAUAAAUUAAUGCUGCAAAUUAAGAGUUGGAUCAAUUAGAUGAGAAAAUUGCUGAUUUAGAAUAGAAAGUGAAAGAUUAAUAAAAUUAAAUAAAAGAUCUUGAAAAAGAAAUAAAAGAUUUGAAUAAAGAAAAAUAAAAUUUAAUUUAAGAUAAUAAUAAUUUGUAUUAAAAAUACAAUUAAGCUGAAGAAAAGGCUUUGAAAUAAUAAAAAGAUUUAGCUUAAGCAUAAAAAGAAUUAAAUGAUAAACAUAAUGAUGCUGAAUAAUUAAAUAAGGAUUUGGAUGAAUAUGAUCAAGAAAAUAAAGAAUUAUAAAAAGAAAUUGAUUAACUAAAUGAUUAAAUUAAUUAAUUAAAUAAAGAAGUUGCUUAAAAACAAAAAUAAAUAGAUUAAUAGGCUAAAGAUAUUUAAAAAUUAUAAGAAAAUUUAGAAAAAUCUAAAUUAGAUACUCAAAAUAAAUAAUAAGAAAAUAAAUAAUUGCAAUAAAAUAAUAAUGAUUUAAAUAAAUAAUUAAAUGAAUCAAAAAAAUAAACCUAAAAAUUAUAAGAUUAAAUUAACAAUGCUGAAUAAAAAUAGAGUAAGACUUAAGAUUAAUUGAAAAAUUAAUUAUAGGAAGCAUAAAAUGAAAUUAAAUAAUUAAAGGAUUAAUUGAAAGAACAAGAAAAAGAGAAGAAAAACCUAUAAAAUGAGAUUAAUAAUCUUAAUAAAGAGUGUGAUGAUUUAGAUGCAAAACUGUAAUAAAAAAUAAAAGAAUAACAAGAAAAUUUAGAAAUUAAAAGACUUAAUGAUGAAUUAAAUAAGGCAUAGUAAUCAUUAAAAUAAAAAGAAGAUUAAUUAACAAAAGUUUAGAAUGAAUUAAAUAAGUUAAAAGAGUAGAAAUAAAAAGAUCUUAAAGAAUAAAAAGAUAAAGAUUAAUAAAGAAAAGACUUAGAAAAAUAAGUAAAAGAUUUAGAUGCAGAAUGUGAUUAAUUAGAUUAAUAAAGAUAAGCAGCUGUUAAUGAGGCUGAAAAAUUAAAAUAAGAAUUAUAAAACUUAAAUGAUUUGAAAAAAUAAUUAAAAGAUACUUAAAACAAAUUAGCAUAAGCUGAAAAAUAGAUUGCUUAAUUAGAUCCUGAAGCAGUUAAAAAUAAAAUAUAAAAAGCUGAAUAAGAUGCUAAAAAUGCUAUUUAAGCAUAAAAUCAAGCAAAAAAGGAUUUGGAUAAAGCUAAUAGUCAACUAAAAUAGAAAGAGAAAGAAAACAAGGAUUUAGAUGAUGAAUGCAAUGCCCUUGAUGCUUAAGUAUAGAAUCUUAAAGAAUAAGCUAAAUAAUAAGAAGAUGAAAUUAAAGAAAAAUAAAAAUAAAUCGAUUAAUUAUAAAAGGAGAAUCAAUAAUUGAAGAAAGAUGAUAUAAAAGGAGAAAUUGACAAAUUAAGAAAGUUUAUUUAAGAAUAAAAACCAAUACUUGAUAAUUUAGAAAAAGAAUCUUCAUAAAGUGAUAAAAGAAGAUCAGAUUUAGAAAAAUAAAUAGCCAAAAAUCAAGAUGAAUUAAAUAAACUUAAAAAAAAGAAAGGAGGAAAUGGAGAUAAUGAUUAAUAAAUUUAAGAUUUAGUCUAAAAACUUGAUGAAUUAGAUAAUUAAUUAUAAUAAGAGGUAGACAAAUAUAUAGAAUCAAUUUCAAACAUUGAGAAAGUACUAACAGGUAUUUUAUAUUAUAAUAUUAGAUAUUACUGAAAAACUAUUAAAAUUGAAGCUGUAAAUUAAUGAAGUGCAAGAAGAAGAUGGAUAAUAAUUUAAUGAUGUGUUUUAAGUAUAAUUAAAAUAAAUAUUAAUUAGCUUGUAAAAAAUCUUUGUAAUGAUUACAAAUAAGGAUUAGCAACUCACAAUUAAGCUAUGGAAGAUCUUUUAAAGUAAAUUAAUAAGUAAUUUUGA